UUAACAACACAAAUCAGCUGGUGACCAGCGAGACGAAUUACAUCUUCAGGUGCAACUUGUAGCUGCAAAUACAUCAUUACCUCAUUGUGGUUGUCUAAACAUGUUGUAAAUUAAAGUCAUUUUUGAUUGCUUCCUCGGAGCGGCUUCUAGAAUCCCCUCAAACUGCUGUUUGGGUUGGAUUCAGCGCGUGGGAGGAGUUGGGUGUUGUGCUCAUAUUCAUGGAGGAGGAGAUGGGGGUGAGAGUAGGGGGGCUCGUUAAGGAUCCCAAACUCUUCGGGGGCUAUAAAGACGUCCUGCAUUCAAGACAGACCAAAUUAACUCCAUCGGCGAAUUAUUGCAUUACGGACCAUCUGUCUGCUUCACCGAUGCGCCACGGCGAUCAGUUUGUGUUUUCCAUGCGGGUAUUUGAUUAGAGGUCGCGGUGAGGAUGAUGGAGUACAUGGAGGAAAAGUUUGCCUUGAAAAGCCAAGCGCUGAAGGCCAGCGAUUACUACAUGGACCAAGUCAUGGAGAGCCUGGACAGCGCGCAGUACUUCAAUAAAUCUUCCCCGAAAUGUGUGCAGGCCUUCGGGUUGCAGAGCGGCGAGCACCGCUCCUCUCCCUGCGGGGAUCAAUCCGCCAAUUAUGUGGUGCCAAAAACGGAUGAGGACACUUUGCACUCGGAACUCGGGAGGUCGAUGGACAGUUGUUGCACUCUGCGGGCGUCUCCGGUGACAACAGGGUCAGAGAAGACAGAUUUGGACGACAUGGGAGACAAGUGCGACAGCAAUGUGUCCAGCAGCAAGAAGAGGAGACACCGGACCACCUUCACCAGCGCGCAGCUGGAAGAGCUGGAGAAAGUGUUUCAGAAAACUCACUACCCAGAUGUUUAUGUGCGGGAACAGCUGGCCAUGAGGACGGAAUUAACAGAGGCCAGAGUGCAGGUGUGGUUUCAGAACAGAAGAGCAAAGUGGAGAAAAAGAGAGCGCUACGGACAGAUCCAACAAGCCAAAACUCACUUUGCAGCCACUUAUGAUCUGUCGGUAUUACCACGGACCGACAACUACACACAGAUCCCAAACAACCUGUGGCCAAGCCCGGGUCCCGGCAGCUCUGUGGUCUCCUCCUGCAUGCUGCCUCGAGGCUCCCCUCCAUGCGUCACCUCCUACUCACACUCCCCCCGUUCAGCCGCUGCCGCUGACCACGGCUUUGUGGGCUUCCCCAAUCAGCAGAACCAGUUCGGCCACGUCUCCCUCAACAACUUCUUCAAUACGGACUCGCUCCUCACACCGGCUGCCAACAGCCACCCGGCAUUUGAGACCAAGCCUGAGUUUGAGAGGCGCUCAUCCAGCAUCGCCGUGCUGCGUAUGAAGGCCAAGGAGCACACGGCCAACAUCUCCUGGGCCAUGUGAUCAGGAUUUAUAUGUAUGUCUGGAAAAUCUGGACAAAGCAUGGAACAUUUCUUCAGUUUCCAGUUUUUACAAAAUGUGGGAACUGCCAUGAGAACCUGAAGUAUUAUUUCAAACCAAACCAAAUUUCUCUCUGCGCUGUCAGGAAAAAAAGAUGUCUACAUGUGGACGUUGCUGCAACAUUUAUGCAUUUCUGCAAACAGAAAAUGUAAUCAGAUGUUUUGUGACAAUCAGAUGUCUUUAAAGAUUUUCUGCAACAAGCUGACAAAAGACCUCUGUAGCUUAACUAAAGCAAUACAUUCAUAUUAUUUAGAGUUUCAGGUUAUUGUCAGUGCGUUUUUCUUUUCUUCUUUUAAAUUGACAAGAUGUCCACUCUUCGAUGACCCUUUGUGAUGGUGGAGGAGAGAGUUGUGAUGUGUGAAUGGAGGUCAGGAGUUCGGCAUUUCCUCUUGACUGAGACAAAAUAAAGGGCGACAGUAAAGCAGGAAAAGUGAAAGGCUAUGCUGGGGUACGUGGAUCUCGAGGGAGGGGUCCUAAACCACUUCCGUGUUUCUGGGCACUGAGAAUAAGCUUCUUUUUUUUUAAGUCUUCCACCCUGGUUCUGGCUCAGGACUGAAGAUGAGCAGGGCGGAGAAAACAAUCCGACUUGAUGUACUAACAUGUCUGUGUGCUUUGUAGCAAAGCUCUGAAUUUUUAUUUUCCCCCUUUGUUCUGCAUCACAGAUAAACAAUGCAGGCAAAGGAGGCACGUUUUGUAAUUGUUUUUGUGUUAUAAAUUUAUCUGGUGGAAUCAUAAUAAUAAAUGAGCAUAAAUCAA